UUAUCACUACUAGAAGUGACCACAGAAUGUACCUAACGUAGAUUUAAUUAUAUAUUUUACCGAGACUGAUAAACUUUAUCAUUAGAUUGCCGGUCACUAAUUUUUUUUCGGAUUAUUUAAGUUGUUUACAUUAUGAUUUAUUUUGUGUCUAUCAACUAUUAAGUAAUAUUGAAUACUAGAAGAGUACUAUUAAUUUCUUAUAAAAUUUUAGUGUUAAUUUGAUAAGCCAAUAGUUUUAAUUUUAGGAUUAAUAUUUAAAAUAAGCAAGAGUGUGAAUUGUAUUAAGAAUGUCUCUGUUAAUGAAACAUUUACUCAAAAAUAAAAAUAGUACAACAUCAUUGCAAAGUCUACCUUUUAAAACUGUUCAGUUUCGAUGUUUAAAUUUAUUGGAAUGCCACAGCAAAGAUUUACUUCAUAAACAUGGAGUUGCAGUACAAAAAUUUAGAAUCGUAGAAAGGCCUGAUGAAACAAACAACCUUUUGAAAUCGUUUAAUGUUCAAGAGUAUGUAUUAAAAGCUCAAGUCUUAGCUGGAGGUAGAGGACUAGGACAUUUUAGUAAUGGAUUUCAAGGAGGUGUUCAUGUCACAAAUGAUCGAUCAAAAAUUCAUGAUUUAUUGAAGAAUAUGUUAGGCCACAAGUUAAUUACUAAACAAACUCCUAAAGAUGGCAUUCUAGUAAAUAAAGUCAUGGUUGCAGAGUCAGUUGAUAUUAAACGUGAAACAUAUUUUUGUAUAUUAAUGGAUAGAAAUCAAAAUGGUCCUGUACUCAUAGCAUCUCCAGCUGGUGGAAUGGAUAUUGAAGAUGUAGCAAUUAAUUCACCUGAAUUAAUAAAAAAAAUUCCUAUUGAUAUUCAUGAAGGAAUAACUGAUUGUACUGCAUUAGAUGUUGCAAAAUUUCUAAAAUUCGAAGGACAAUUAUUGAACCAGGCUGCUAAUGAAAUCAAACGAUUAUGGACAUUUUUUUUGGCUGUAGAUGCUGUUCAAAUAGAAAUAAAUCCAUUAGUUGAAACUUCUAGUAAUCAAAUUGUAUGUGUUGACGCCAAAAUUCAGUUUGAUGAUAACAGUGAAUUUCGACACAAAGAUAUCUUUGAAUUAGAUGAAACUAGUGAAUCAGAUCCACGUGAAGUUUUAGCUCAUAAACACAAUUUAAACUAUAUAGGCAUGGAUGGUAACAUUGGGUGUUUAGUCAAUGGUGCCGGUCUUGCAAUGGCAACUAUGGAUAUUAUUAAGUUGCAUGGUGGUGACCCUGCAAACUUUUUAGAUGUAGGUGGAAAUGUCAAUGAAAAUCAAGUAUAUGAAGCUUUUAACCUUUUAACUUUAGAUUCAUCUGUGAAAGCAAUAUUAGUUAACGUUUUUGGAGGAAUUGUUAAUUGUGCUACCAUUGCUCAAGGAUUAAUUAAUGCUUCAAAAAAAUUAAAUAUGACUGUACCAUUAGUAGUUAGACUUGAAGGGACAAAUGUUGCUGCUGGAAAGAAGCUUUUAGAAAAUUCUGGAUUACUUAUUCAAUUUGCUUCCAAUUUAGAUGAAGCUGCUGAAAAAGCAAUUUCUUCUUUAAACAAAUAAGAUUUCAUAUUAUAGAAUUUUAAGUGCUUUAUGAUACAAUAUUAAUUAAAUAAUUUAUUAUGUAUCAUUAAUUUUUUUAGUAUAAAAUAUUAUUUUUAUAUAUUUUUGUGUUCAUCAUUACUUUUUUAAAUAUAUGCCUAUACUUUGCAUUA